CCGUGUUGGCCCGAGCUUCGGCAGAACGCCCGCGCCUCGGGUCACCGUGGCUGGCUCCGGGGGACAGCCGGCCGCGCCAUGGCGGCCGAAUCCGCCGACGGCGGCGCCGCCGCCCGGGAGGCAGUCGAGGCCGCGCUGGCGGCGCUGUCCCGGGGCCAGUGCGCCGUCGUGGCGGACCCGGGCAGGCUGGACGGGCCGGCCGGCUGCAGCCUGGCCCUGGCGGCGGCGUGCGCCACGACGGAGCGCCUGGCGUUCAUGAUCCGGCACUCCACGGGGCUCAUCCCGGAGAAGAAAAUCUGCACGCACACCUGCAAGUCGGGGCUGUAUCCAUGA